AUGGCAGAUGCUCUCUGCGCAGCAGCGAGAGAGGCAGCAGGAGGAGUGAAGGUGGCGGCUGAGAUGGAGAGGCAGCUUGUGAGCAAGCUCAAUCACCUGAUGGUUCUUGAACCCCAGCAAGUGAUGCGCAACACUGUCCUGAAUGCUGGAGCUGUGCUGUUCCCUGACCCGACCAGCGUAUGGAGGAUCUUCGACGAGAAUUUCACUCUUGACAUCGAUCUUGACAUCUUCCCGGACGCAGCAUCUAACGAGUCGAUGAGUGAAGUGCCAAGUGAUGACAAGAGCAUUUAUGUGUGCAGCAACAGCACGUGCGAGGGGAACUGCAGCAACCAAAGCCAAGACAACACGAUCCUUGGAGGAAAUCCGUCAGAGUUGACUGAAAGUCCUGAAUUCUUCAAAGAUCUCGAGCAGUGGUUGAGUUUUGCCAUAGCAGUCUAUGGCUGGAAGAUGCUGUCUCUAAUCCAGCCGCACGAGUUUCAUCGGCACACGAAAUUUCGAUUUGACGACCUGACGAGCUUCUGUUCAUACUCAAACGUACAUCCUUCCCUCAUCCUCCAGCAUCGUGGCAGCGCCGAGACCUUCGCCCCUGCCUACAUCGUCUUCCGACACCCACCCUCGGACUCGAUCGUCGUUGCGGUUCGAGGCUCUUUCGAGGCAGGGGAUAUCCUGACGGAUCUAGUCGCCUGCUCCUCCCCCUUCCAAGAUCGAUCCAACCGUUGUCGGGGACAUGUUCACAUGGGAAUUUUUCGGGCCGCGGAGGAGAUUUGUUCUCAGAUUCGUCAAACGAUUCUCAGCUCUCUCAUCAAGGGUGAAGGCAGCAGAAUCGUCUUCACCGGCCACAGUCUGGGUCUCAUUUCGUUACCGCAGCGAGAGCAGGAGUCGCUGCCAUCAUGGUUGCAAUCUUUAAGUUUUGCGAAAGAGAUCGAGCUGGCCAAGACUGUCCGACACCAAAUCGUUACAUGCAUCGCUGGAGAUGACGUGGUGUCUCGGCUCUCCUACCGGUCGAUCAAGACCAUGAAGUCUGCUGUCUUGAAGCCGAUCCUCGAGCUCCAGAGCAAGGGCAGCAGCGCUCCCUGCUCCUCGUCGAGGUGGCUGAACCCAGUGGAAGCAGGUCAAAGAGACCUGGGCGAGGAUCUCAGCCAGAACAAGACGCUGUCCCAGGAGGUGGAGGAGAUGAUUAUGGAUAGUGAGGCAGCCAACAUGGAAGCACACCCCCUGUUAGUUCCUGGCAUGAUCUUCGCACUGAGACCAGCCCCGGACACAGCUUUCAGCAGGGACUCUGAAUGUUACUUCAUGCAGAGCCUUGAGCCCACUGACCCUUACCUGGUCGACAUCGUCCUGUCGGAGAGGAUGUUCCUGGAUCAUUUCCCAUCCGUCAUUCAGCAUCGGCUGAGGUGGCUCAAGAGGGACCGCAGCUUCAGCCCUUGCUCUAGGAUCUACUCGUGA